AUGGACAAACUCUUUUCAUUGGCAGUCGGACACAAAGAAACCAUCAGAGAAUAUGCUGAUAGGUGGCACAAGAUCUGCCAAGCAAUAGGGAACGUAGAUCCAGUGGUGGUCACCAAUUGUUACAAGUGGGGAUUGGAUAUGAUGAGUCCAUUGUUCGUCGAGAUUCAUGGAAGUGUCCCCAAAACCAAAGGAGAUCUCGAAGUUAUCAUCGAAAAGCACGCCAGGUUGGAAGAAAUCAAGCGGGAAAAUCCCAGAGCCCAAACUCAAAGGUCUUAUCGGACGAACUCAGUAGAGCAAGAUAGCGGAUCAAAGAGGGGCGGUUCAACUGAACGUCCUAACGAAGAUAAGAGAGGACGAAGGGAUGAUCGAAGGCACGACGACCGAAAAUUUAAAGACCAAGUUUUUACGAAGCUCAACACCAACUACACUCGCAUCCUAAGGGAGAUUAAGGAUCGAGAGAACUUAGAGUGUCCUUGGUCCAAAGGGAAGCAGCCACCACGAUCCGAGAAAUCUAGAGACUACUGUGAGUACCACUGCUUCAAUGGGCAUCAGACUGAAAAUUGCAAGAACCUCAAGAUAAUGAUUCAAAAGCUGAUUGAUGCUGGUGAUCUCAAGCAAUACUUACAGAAGGCCGACAUCGAAGAGAGGGCUAAGCGUAACAGGCAAGUCCCCGACGGUAAUCGAACGCUCAACACUAUAUCUUGCUCUGAAGCCACUGGACCAUUACUAACUGCCCAAAUAGGCAAAAGGUUAAGGAAGCAAUUUGAAUAUUACUGUGAGUUGUACAAAAUCGAUGGAGUAGAAGUGGACGAACACGAACACUGGAUGAACGCUCCAAUAACUUUCGAUGCUGAGGAUGUAGAGGAUGAAAUGGAAGAUCACAACGACCCCUUGGUUCUCACAUUACCCAUCGCAGGGUGCAAUAUCAGGAAGGUCCUCAUUGAUGGAGGGAGCUCGGUCAAUGUAUUGUUCUAUGACACGUUCAAACGAAUGGAGCUGAAUGAAGAGCAAUUGAUGUCUUCGUACUACACCGUAUACGGAUUCAAUGGGGGCUCCAACGAAGCCUUUGGGAGAUAUUGUGUUACAAGUAAACGCAGGACCAAUGAAGGUUGA